UCUCUCUCUUUCUCUCUCCUCAAACGCUCUCUCCUCCCACGAAACAACGGCGCUAUACUCUUUCCUUUUAUGGUUUUGUGGUUUCUCAAUUCAUUCCCAACAAAACCACAUUACACAUACCUUAGAAAACUGCACACAUCACACUUGACAUGACGCAACUCUUAUCUCUCCACUUUCUCUCUCUUACCGAACACUACACAGCACUACUACAAAUACAAUGGUACCUCAACAUCCCCAACAAGUACAAAAACGCCACUUCCAUCAUUUUUCUCCAUCUGGGUGUCUCUUAGUUGUGUUUUUUUCCAUGUCUUACCCUUACUUGUCACACACAACAACACACCCACUUACUUACUCACCGGAUUACAAGGCACGAGAUUCAUGCCACUCACUCCAAAGGACAUGAUAAUUGAAGAAGCAACAUUGUUAGAGGUAGAAAUUGUUGAUACCCUUGUUUUUGAGUUCCUUGUUCACUUGGUGUGAGGUAGAUGGAUUGAAGAAGCAACCACAUUGGAUCAAUGUUAAAGGCAGUGUCAUUUGAAGUGUUGUUGAUUUGGUUGCUCCUCCUCACAUGUGUGUUUGCAGCAGAAAGAUGUAACUGUGAUGAUGAGUCCAGCUUGUGGACUAUUGACGCCAUUGUGGAGAGCCAGAGAGUUGGUGAUUUUCUGAUUGCUGUGGCCUACUUCUCCAUCCCCAUUGAGCUGCUUUUCUUUGUUAGUUGCUCAAGCGUUCCAUUCAAAUGGGUUCUCUUUCAGUUCAUUGCUUUCAUUGUACUAUGUGGAAUGACACAUUUGCUGAAUGGGUGGACUUAUGGUCCCCACACUUUUCAACUCAUGGUGGCAGUUACUGUCUUCAAAAUUCUCACUGCCUUGGUAUCAUGUGCCACUUCCAUAACCCUCUUAACCUUGAUCCCUAUGUUGUUGAAAGUGAAGGUUAGAGAGUUGAUGCUGAAGAAAAAAACCUUUGAUCUUGGGAGGGAGUUUGGAAUCAUAAUGAGACAAAAGGAGGCUACAACGCACGUGAGAAUGCUGACUCAAGAGAUUCGCAAGUCGUUGGACAAGCAUAAGAUUCUGUACACCACUUUGGUUGAGCUGUCUGAGGCACUUGGUUUGCAAAACUGUGCAGUGUGGAUGCCAAAUAUUGAGAAAACUGAGGUGAUCCUUACACAUGAAUUGAAUGGGAGGAAUGGUAACUGUUCUCUACCCAUAACGGAUGCAGAUGUUGUGAGAAUUAAGGGAAGUAAUGAAGUAAUCAUAAUUGAUUCUGAUUCAGUACUUGCCACUGCCAGUUGUGGAGCUUCUGGUGAGGCAGGACCAGUUGCUGCAAUCCGAAUGCCAAUGCUUCGGUUUUGCAAUUUCAAAGGGGGGACGCCAGAGCUAAGGCAGACAUGUUAUGCCAUAUUGGUUUUGAUUCUUCCUUGCAACGAUCUGAGAUCAUGGAGUUUUCAAGAGCUAGAGAUUAUUAAAGUGGUUGCUGAUCAGGUGGCCGUGGCUCUAUCUCAUGCUGCGAUCAUUGAAGAGUCCCAGCUCAUGAGGGACAAGUUGUUGGAGCAAAAUCUAGCUUUGCAAGCAGAGAAGACUAAUGCUAUGAUGGCCAGCCAGGCAAGAGCUAAAUUUCAGAAGGUCAUGAGUGAUGGGAUGAGAAGGCCAAUGCACUCAAUUUUGAUGUUGCUUUCGAUGUUACAAAGUGAGAAUUUAGAGAAUGAGCAGAAGCUUAUUGUGGAUUCAAUGCUGAAGACCAGCAAUGUGUUGUCAAACUUGAUAAAUGAUGCAAUGGACCACUCACCAAUGGAUGAUGGAAGAUUUAAUAUGGAGAUGAAGCCUUUUGGGUUGCAUGCCAUGAUAAAGGAGGCAGCUUGUCUUGCCAAGUUCAUGUCUGUUUAUAGGAGCUUUGGUUUUGUGGCUGAUGUUGACAAGUCUUUGCCAGACAAUGUUGUAGGUGAUGAAAAGAGGGUUUUUCAGGUGAUUUUGCACAUGAUUGGGAAUGCAAUAAAUGGAAACCAUGGUGGAGGAGUUCUUGUAUUUCGAGUUUUUGCCGAAACUGGAAAUCAAGGAAGGGAUGACCAGGGUUGGAACACCUGGAGACCAAGCUCUUCUAGUGGUGAUGUAAAUAUUAGAUUUGAGAUAGGGAUCAAUGCCGGUGAUCCUGAAUCAGUGAGCUCAGUUCCUUUGGGGCAGUUUGUGGGAGCGAAGCCCUCCGGUGAUUGGAUUGGGGGAAGACUGAACUUUAACAUUUGCAAGAGGAUAAUCCAGCUGAUGCAGGGGAACAUAUGGUUAGUACCAAAUGCUCAAGGUUUUCCUCAAGUCAUGGCCCUUUUUCUUCGGUUUCAAUUGCGCCAAUCUUUUGCCGUAGCCAUUUCUGAACCUGGGGAAAAUUCAGAACCAUCCAAUUCAAAUUCAUUCUUCAGAGGUCUGCAAGUGUUGUUGGUCGACAACAUCGAUAUACAUAGAGCAGUGACUCAAAGGUUGCUUCAUAAACUAGGUUGUGUUGUGACUACAGUGUCUUCAGGAUAUGAAUGCCUUAAUGUUAUUGGACAUGGUGGAUCUUCCUUUCAAGUCAUUCUUUUGGAUCUUCACAUGCCUGAGCUCGAUGGAUUCGAAGUUGCAACAAGGAUUCGCAAGUUUGGAAGCCGAAAUUGGCCUAUGAUCCUCGGCUUGACUUCUUCAAGCAUAGAAGAUUUAAAGGAAAGAUGCGUGCAGAUUGGCAUAAAUGGACUCAUAAGAAAGCCAGUUUUGUUGCAUGGAAUUGCAAGUGAACUCAGAAGAAUCCUAAUGCAGGGAGAUGGUGUCAUGUGAUUUGAGGAUUCAUGCUGCUAGUUUAAGCACUUGCAACAUAUCAAGAAAUUAUUGAGUUACAAAAAAUUUAGUCACAUUCUUGAUAGAAUAGAAGUAUUUGGCUCCCAUUUCCCAUCAAUAUUUUCAACUUUGAGAGAUAAUGCAUGAUACCCCAACUUUCAAUAGGAAAAUUAAAUGGUAUACAAAUGAAAUCCUUCAUUUCUCUCAAUUUGUUUCAUUUUGCUAUGCAUCUCAUGACACAUUCAUGUAAUCAGAAAUCGGAAACAAAAAAAAAAAAAUUGAUUAAAUAAAAUGGCAAGCAUAAGAGGAUUAGACCCUUGGGGCUACAUCAAAGUUGUACUUUGAUGAAGAACCUUUGCAGUGCUUUAGCCAACCAUUUGUACA